CCCCGCCUGCUCCCCUCCCGGCUCCGCGCCCCGUGGGCCCUCAGCCGGAUGCUGGAACCCCGAUCCGAGCCCAACGCCUUCAGCUGGUCCCCGGGAGCCUGCCGGUGGCCGCGGGCAAGGGCGAUCGAUGCCCGGCCAGGCCUGCCCUGUUGCCUCAAUCCUCAGGCUGGGGCGGAGUCCCUCUCCAGAUCUCCCCCGGUUCACCUGGGGCCCGAGCGCCUCCUGGGACAGCUACGUCCUGGAGCAGCCCGGGCCACGGUUGGCUGCUGCGGACCUCGAAGAGCCGACCCCACCACACCAGGGAGGGGUUGACGUUCCGCAGACAGCUGGAGGAUCGCCACCUCCGCGCCUCAGGCAUCCGAGCCCUGGGCCUGUGGAAAUACAAUCAAGCCAUCCACGAGCUCGCUUGGCUGUUUUGUGCAAAAGGACGCGCGGUAGCCCAACCUACCAAAGCUUCCAUCCCUGCCAAGUCUUGCGAGAGGACUCAACUCCAAGAAGGCUUUCUGCCAGGCCCCGAGAUUUUUCCCCCGUGGCCAAGGGUUACUUUUCUCCACGGAUGGCCGAGUUUAACCAGCAGAACUCAUUGCAGUGCAUUGGAUUUGAAUAACCGAAAUCCAGGACGCAGUCAUAGCCGUGACUUUGCGAGCAAGAGGGUUUUAAGCUAUCCGAAACAUCAACAGCUUCCGGGUGAUUCCGAGGAUUAAAGAGGUCUGCAGGUGGCUAUGUUAAUGCUGCUUGUCUUUGGAGUAUUGCUUCAUGAAGUCCCACUGAGUGGCCAAGAUGAGGUUUAUUCUGAGGCUGACCGUGUGCCAGGCAAGGCCCUGUAUGACUACUCCAGCCUCCGCCUCCCAGAGAAGCACAUUCCCUUCUUCUUGCACAAUAACAGGCAUAUUGCUUCUAUGUGCAGGGAGGAUUCCCACUGUCCAUAUAAGAAACACCUAGAAAAUCUAAACUACUGCUGGGGUUAUGAGAAAUCCUGCAAACCAGAGUUCAGAUUUGGUUAUCCUGUUUGCAGCUAUGUCGACCUGGGAUGGACAGACACUCUGGAGUCAGCCGAGGACAUGUUCUGGAAGCAAGCUGACUUCGGUUACGCCCGAGAGCGGCUGGAGGAGAUGCGCGUGCUGUGCGAGCCAGAGAGACCCAGCGACUCAAGUCUGGUUUGCUCCCGCCACCUUCAGUAUUGUAGGGCUACCGGUCUAUACCUGGACUUAAGGAACAUCAAGAGAACCCACGACAGAUUCAAGGAAGAUUUUCUUGGGGAUGGUGAAGUUGGAGGACACUGUAAACUUGACAUUCGGGCACUGACGUCUGAAGGUCAGCGCAAAAGCCCUCUGCAGUCUUGGUUUGCUGAGCUCCAAGGCUAUACUCAACUCAGUUUCAGGCCUAUAGAAGAUGCUAAAUGUGACAUUGUUGUUGAAAAACCAACCUAUUUCAUGAAAUUAGAUGCAGGCGUUAACAUGUACCACCACUUCUGUGACUUCCUGAAUCUCUACAUCAGUCAGCACGUCAACAACUCCUUCAGCACGGACGUGUAUAUCGUGAUGUGGGACACGAGCUCUUACGGAUAUGGUGAUCUCUUCUCUGAUACCUGGAAAGCGUUUACUGAUUAUGACGUUAUACAUUUGAAAACCUAUGAUUCCAAAAAGGUGUGCUUUAAGGAAGCUGUGUUUUCUUUGCUGCCCCGCAUGCGGUAUGGGCUGUUCUAUAACACGCCUCUGAUCUCUGGCUGUCAGAACACUGGGCUGUUCAGGGCCUUCUCCCAGCAUGUGCUGUACAGGCUGAACAUCACUCAGGAGGGACCUAAGGAUGGGAAAGUUCGAGUUACCAUUCUUGCACGCAGCACAGAAUACCGGAAAAUACUGAACCAAAAUGAGCUGGUAAAUGCACUGAAAACAGUAUCCACAUUUGAAGUCCGGGUGGUUGAUUACAAGUACAGAGAACUCGGGUUUUUGGACCAGCUAAGGAUCACGCACAACUCGGACAUAUUCAUUGGCAUGCACGGAGCUGGCCUCACUCAUUUACUCUUCCUUCCAGACUGGGCUGCUGUAUUCGAGCUGUACAACUGUGAAGAUGAGCGUUGUUACUUAGACCUGGCCAGGCUCAGAGGUGUCUACUAUGUCACCUGGCGGAAGCCCAGCAAGGUGUUUCCUCAAGAUAAGGGGCACCAUCCAACUCUGGGGGAACACCCGAAGUUUACCAACUACUCUUUUGAUGUGGAAGAAUUCAUGUACCUUGUUCUUCAGGCUGCAGAGCACGUGCUGCGGCACCCGCGGUGGCCGUUUAAGAACAAACACGAUGAGCUGUAGAAGUGUCGGAGCCGUUUACAAGAGGGUGUUCGAACACUCUCACAUCUAGACUCCUAACUAAAGGAGCAAGACAACCUGUCAUACCCUACUGUAAGACGGAAUGUGACUUUUUACUUUUGAAUAUAGCUCAGGCUGGCCUUGAACUAAUGAUCCUCUUGCCUCUGCCUCCCGAGAGUUCAGAUCACAGGCGUGUGCCACCACGCCUGUCUACAAAAUUACUUUUUCUAUGUGAAAACAUGCCUUCGGGAUAUUCUGUCUUCCACGUGUUUAUUGUGUCAUUGCUAUUUGUCAAUAGCAACAGUAUUUUUUUUGCACUGAGAAAAAGUUACUACUUUUAUAGUUCAAAGAUGGGCAGGUGCCCAGUGGUGUAGCUAGGGCUUUCCUGUUGGGAUACCAAAGUUGUCAACUUCAGUGGCUUUAGAGCUUAUAAGUGCAUUUGUUAACUCUAAUGUGUCCCACCCUGUUGUUUAUAUGCUUGGAUAAACUCAGAACUGGUUUUGAAGUUGCCAUUGUCUGUUCAUUAGUAUGGAUGUAGGGCUUGGAGACAUGGCUCAGCUUAGACACUGGCCUUUUCGUGUAUGGUGCUCUGGAUUCAGUCUCUAGCAACACGCACACACAUGCACACACACCAGCACAAGUCUGCCCAUUCUCAGGACCAAGCUAUAGGAGUGUGUUAUAGGCCAGUGUUUAAUCCGCUCCAGGUUAUCUGCAUGAAGGGCCUGGGAAAACCGUGGCGCUGUGUCAGUCUGUGUUCACCCUUCAAUCCUGUCCUCCCCAAAUGUAACGGCAGUAUUGAUAAGAACCCGUCAGAAGACUCCACAGUACUGCCUCCCCCGACUGCCCAGCCGUGGAGAACAUUCAUGUUGAAUUGGCAUGAAGUCGUGGUUUGCGUCAGGCAAGUAUUUGUGAGCACAUACAGCUGUGUGCAUCUACCCCUGGCAGGGGAAAAUUAACCCUCGUUUUUGUAAAAACUAAGAGUAGUUUUACAUGAAGAAACACGUUCUUUUUCUCUCCAUUUUAAGUAAGACCAUUAAAAACACAGUAGACCUGUGAAUUACCCAACCGAAAUGAAAAGCCCGGGAAAGUGGCCUUCUCCUUGAAGGGCCCUGCGUCUCGGCAGUCAGAAAGUAUGGGUUUGGUUUACUGUAGAGUGUGACGUUUGCUUUGAGAGUAGUGACCCGCUAAGACAACCCUUCUGUUUGCUUGUUAAAAUUGUUUGCAAAGAACCGUAACCUUAGGAAUUGUUAACUGACAGGGAUGCUGCUUUUCUUUGUGCAGGGGUGGCAGGGGGCAGGGAAGCUGGGGGUGCUGCACGGGAAAGGAAUUGUAAGGAGCAUGUCAUCGGCGAGCCUGGUCAUCCAGGAGAAACAUCGGAGAACGGAUUGAGUUCUCAGCCUCUUACCUCAUUCCAAACAAAUAAGGUCCAAGCGAAUGCCCUACGCUUCCACAGACUACCAAGGGUUCCAGAAACUGAGGACAAUUUCAUACUAAAACUUUGAGUAAUUUGCACUUUAUAUAUGCUUUGUAUGAAGAAGAAACCCAUUUAAAAUUCUAAUUAAUGGGCUUAACUUUUAUCAGACCUUUUGUGGGAGCAGAUCUUCAAAUUAUUGUGAAAUUUAAGAUGUAGGCAUGGUCCUACAUGUCUAUUUUAUUAAGUCUAUGAGGACAUGCAUUUCACUGUACACUUCGGGAAUGACUUUGGAAUAAAGCUGUCUAUAUUUCUUUUAAAUAUCCAAA